UCGUUUUCAGCGAGAAAACAAAAUCCUUGGAAAAUGGCGACCAGUGGAGUUUCGUGGGUUGUCAGGCAGACUUUUAACAAGUUUGCACAUCCGCAAAGGUCACAUUUCCUUGUAAAGAAUGUUCAGAAACUCCCUCACAUAAAUGCUGCUGUCUGUCCAUGUGCAUCCUACUGUACAACAGUCCUCUUCAGAAAUGAUGUAUCAGUGGAGUACAGACACGGGUUGUCGGUGUUCUCAGUGCCUUUACCAUCACGGAAAGAGUCUUGUGAAUUUGUGCUCAAACCAGUCUCCCAUACAGUGAAAGAUCUUAUCUCAUUUCUUAGAGAAGAAGACAAGGGUAUCGACAGAGUUGCUGUAUAUAAAGAUAAUGGAGCAAAGAUUGCUGGUUCAACUACCAUAGACAUACUGCUGAGGUCACCUUUCACAGUGACCAUUAAUGAGAACACAUACAACAUUACCCCUCCAGAACCAGAAAUAACAGUUCCUGCAGAAAGUUUUGAUAGAUUUACGGAAGUAAAGCUUUUAACAGCGAAGUUAUUCUCUCAGCUGAAUGUAGAAGAAUACCAAUUAAAGAGGGAGAAAGAAAUAAUAGAAAAUUUAGAAGACUAUAAAGCACAAAUUGCUCCUUUUCUUGUGAGAAAGGAGGAGAUGGAAAAGAAGAUAGUCUCAAAGAACUCUUUAGCCAUGUAUGUAGGUUCAACGUUGAUGGGUUUACAGUUUGGGUUUUUUGCUCGGCUUACAUGGUGGGAAUACUCCUGGGAUGUUAUGGAACCAGUCACAUAUUUCGCAACUUACGCUGCUGUCAUUGGAAUGUAUGCAUACUACACUGUUUGUUCACAGGAGUAUAACUUUGUGGAUGUCUGGGACAGGGAAUUUGUCAGCAAAUUCUACAAGAUGGCAAAGAAAGAAGGUUUUGAUAUAGAGGAGUACAACCGUUUGUCCAACCUUAUAGCACAAUGCGAGUCAGAUCUACGCAGACUUCGAGAUCCACUCCAGCUGCAUCUACCUAUACGGGAGUUAUAAGUCAUGUAUAUAGAUAAAUAUAGCCGUAUUCUCUAUUUAUACAUAUAUCCUAAAACUGUAUAGUAUACCUUGGUGAAGACAGAAUGUGAUAGGAUUUGGAAGUGUAACUUACAUGGGUAAAUCUGUUUGUUGAAUCGUCAGAAUAAGACAUGAUGUUGAGAAGUUCAUGAUUUUGAACAUAGAAGUGACAGAACAUGCAGCAUUAUUUCAUGUACAGAAAUGAGCCGCGCCAUGAGAAAACUAACAUAGUGGGUUUGCGACCAGCAUGGAUCCAGACCAGCCUGCGCAUCCGCGCAGUCUGGUCAGGCUCCAUGCUGUUCGCUUUUAAAGCCUAUUGGAAUUGGAGAAACUGUUAGCGAACAGCAUGGAUCCUGACCAGACUGCGCGGAUGCGCAGGCUGGUCUGGAUCCAUGCUGGUCGCAUACCCACUAUGUUGGUUUUCCCAUGGCACGGCUCAAAUGUUCUUUUGCAGUGAUGGUUGCCAUGGAAACAAAUUAUUUAGUGGUCCUCAACAGCAAAGGAAGGAGAUUGGCAGGUGAUAAAAUGAUGACAAAUUUGUAUCAAGUGUAUAAUAAAUGGUCCUAUACUUAGGUGAUUACAGGAAUAAAAUGGUAUCAAUAAUUGUUACAGUGUUGUCUGGUAGAAAUAUAUAAAAUCAAGAAGCCUUCUAAAAAUGUGAUCAGUGUAUGAUAAUUUGCCUUUUAAUGUAUUUAUAGGUAGUCUAUUUCCCUUGAGGUUUAUAGUAUAGACAACUUGUAUUAACACUGGAAAAGCCAAGUUUAGAACAAAGUCGUGUUCAUCCUAUGUCAUGUUCCUUUUUAUUAUCUAGUUUUAAAAUUAUGUGACAAUGAAGUAACUGUAUUUUUAUAUAUUGAUAAGGUUGAAUUACAUGUAUUCAUUCAGGUUCAUAAACCAAACACUGGUAAAAAGGUAAUAUAGGGGUAGUACUGAAGAGUUUUCCUGUUCAAGGUAUAUUUCUAUUUUUGAGAUGUACGGAUAAUACAGUUUAUUAUAUACCUAUAUAAAUUCUGUCAAAAAUUCAGAUUGUAUUUCACAAGUAAAUAUGAUCAGGCUGAAAAAAAAAUUGAUUGUACCUUUUGUUGCCGGACUUCUUUAAUUGAAUAUGCAUGAGCUGACACAGUAAAAUGUAAAGAACGCACACAAAAACAUCACUCUUUUCAUUUUAACAUCAACAAUCAUUUAAGUUUUUGUUCGAUUACAAAUAGAAAUAUGGAGGUAUAUAAUAAAAGGGUCAUUACAAUAGUAGCUAGAUCUGGGAUUUUGUAUUUGACUCACAUGGAUUUUGCAAGGACAGAUCACACAAGGUGCUUGCGCGCUGAUCUGGCAAAAUCCGCUUGAGGCAAAUACAGCAUCCCAGAUCAAGCUACUAUUAUAAUAACCCUAUUAUACUUUACAAAAUUUCUACUUCCUUUGAACUUAACAGCAAAAACGGAAGUAUUUUUUCACAGUCUAAAAUGACUGUUUCCUCUCUUUUUAGCUCACCUGAGCAAUGCUCAGGUGAGUUUUUCUGAUCGCUCGAUGUCCGGCGUCUGUCGUCCGUCGUCUGUCGUCUGUCGUCUGUCGUCCGUCGUCUGUCAACAUUUAGCUUGUGUAUGCGAUAGAGGCUGUAUUUUUCAAUUAAUCCUCAUGAAUAUUGGUCAGAAUGAUAAUCUUGAUGAAAUCUAGGCCGAGUUCGAAAAUGGGUCAUCUCGGGUCAAAAACUAGGUCACUAGGUCAAAUCAAAGAAAAACCUUGUGUAUGCGAUAGAGGCUGUAUUUUUCAUUUAAUCUUCAUGAAUAUUGGUCAGAAUGAUAACUUUGAUGAAAUCUAGGCCGAGUUCGAAAAUGGGUCAUCUCGGGUCAAAAACUAGGUCACUAGGUCAAAUCAAAGAAAAACCUUGUGUAUGCGAUAGAGGCGGUAUUUUUCAAAUAAUCUUCAUGAAUAUUGGUCAGAAUGAUAAUCUUGAUGAAAUCUAAGCCGAGUUUGAAAGUGGGUCAUCUGGGGUCAAAAACUAGGUCACUAGGUCAAAUCAAAGAAAAACCUUGUGUAUGCGAUAGAGGCUGUAUUUUUCAUUUAAUCUUCAUGAAUAUUGGUCAGAAUGAUAACCUUGAUGAAAUCUAGGCCGAGUUCGAAAAUGGGUCAUCUCGGGUCAAAAACUAGGUCACUAGGUCAAAUCAAAGAAAAACCUUGUGUAUGCGAUAGAGGCGGUAUUUUUCAAUUAAUCUUCAUGAAUAUUGGUCAGAAUGAUAAUCUUGAUGAAAUGUAAGCCGAGUUUGAAAGUGGGUCAUCUGGGGUCAAAAACUAGGUCACUAGGUCAAAUCAAAGAAAAACCUUGUGUAUGCCUUAGAGGCUGUAUUUUUCAAUUCUUCUUCAUGAGUAUUGGUCAGAAUGAUAACCUUGAUGAAAUCUAGGCCGAGUUCGAAAAUGGGUCAUCUUGGGUCAAAAACUAGGUCACUAGGUCAAAUCAAAGAAAAACCUUGUGUAUGCGAUAGAGGCUGUAUUUUUCAAUUGAUCUUCAUGAAUUUUGGUCAGAAUGAUUGCCUUGAUGAAAUCUAGGUCGAGUUCGAAAAUGGGUCAUCUCGGGUCAAAAACUAGGUCACUAGGUCAAAUCAAAGAAAAACCUUGUGUAUGCGAUAAAGGCGGUAUUAUUCAAUUGAUCUUCAUGAAUUUUGGUCAGAAUGAUUACCUUGAUGAAAUCUAGGCCGAGUUCGAAAAUGGGUCAUCUGGGGUCAAAAACUAGGUCACUAGGUCAUAUCACGUAAAAACCUUGUGUAUGCGAUAGAGGCUGCAUUUUUCAAUUGAUCUUCAUGAAUUUUGGUCAGAAUGAUUACCUUGAUGAAAUUUAGACCAAAUUCGAAAAUGGGUCAUCUUGGGUCAAAAACUAGGUCACUAGGUCAAAUCAAAGAAAAACCUUGUGUAUGCAAUAGAGGCGGUAUUUUUCAACUGAUCUUCAUGAAAUUUAGCCAGAAUGAUUGCCUUGAUAAAAUCUAGGCCGAGUUCGAAAUUGGGUCAUCUGGGGUCAAAAACUAGGUCACUAGGUCAAAUCAAAGAAAAACAUUGUGUAUGCAAUAGAGGAUGUAUUUUUCAAUUGAUCUUCAUGAAAUUUGGUUAGAGUGAUUGCCUUGAUGAAAUCUAGGUCGAUUUUGAAUAUGGGUUAUCUGAGGUCAAAAAUAGGUCACUAGUUGAAAUUAAAGAAAAAUCUUGUGUAUGCGAUAGAGACUGUUUUUUUCAAUUGAUUUUAAUGAAAUUUGGUCAGGUUGAUUGCCUUGAUGAAAUCUAGGUCGAAUUUGAAUAUGGGUCAUCUGAGGUCAAAAACUAGGUCACUUGGUCAAAUCAAAGAAAAAACUUCUGUAUGUGAUAGAGGCUGUAUUUUUCAGUUGAUCUUCAUGAAUUUUGGUCAGAAUGAUUGCCUUGAUAAAAUCUAGGUCGAUUUUGAACAUGGGUCAUCUAGGGUCAAAAACUAGGUCAUAUCUAAGAAAAUGCUUGUUUUAUCGCAAGAGACCAAUUUUUUGGUCCAAUCUUAAUGAAAAUUGGUCAGAAUAUUUGUUUCCAUGAAAUCACAAGGUCAAACAUGUUUUACACUGUUAUGGAGUGUUUCUUAGGUGAGCGACCUAGGGCCAUCUUGGCCCUCUUGUUUUUUUUUUCACAUUAUUAUAUAUUGAAUGUUUUAAAUAUGUAUAUGUUUGCUUUUAAGACUGUUAAAGUUUCUUAUAAUCAUGUUGUAUGAAAUGAGGAUGUAAUAUUUUGUAGAAUUUGAUUGUUGGUCUAUACAUAUACAUAUAUCUGGCAUGAAACCUACUUUUUUUAUAGGAACUGCAGUUAAACUUUGUUCACUCGAACUCGAUGGGACCAACACAAUUUGUGCCAGUUAUCAGUAGUUUGAGCCAUUGAACGUAAGGAUAUUAUCGGGACCUUUCAAGUGAAGGGUAAUGUUCCAGUUAUCCGAGUUUGAGGGAAUGAAGUUUUGCUGUAUAUUCUGAAUUACAAUCUGUCUUUGAUAAAUAUAUGUGAUAGUAAGUACAGUGACCAUGUCCGAAUCUCAAGGCUUUUCAGCUUACUGUUAUAGCUUAUGAGAAACCUUUUCUUGCAUCAGGUGAUAACUGAUUUUAGUCGGAACAUUUACCUGACCAAGCAUGGUUAAGGUAGUUCUGCACGUUUGGAUCGAAAUUAUUUCUACAAUGUAGAAUUUGAUUAAACACUGAUUUUUCAAAUCUUCAGAAUAUACCUAGAAAAUUAAGCAAAUAAAAAAGAUAGGGUCGUGUGCUUGAUUUUUUGCUAGACUGAUUUGAAAAAUAGGGACCUCACGCAAUAUUUCAUAAUGAGAGUCUAUGGGAAAAUCAUAACUUUCUUAACAUUUUCGCGAAUAGAAAUUUUUCUACAAUGUAGAUUUUGAUGAAACUUCUCACAGUUGUAAAUAAAGACAUGGCCUAUAAUUUGAUGAAAUAAAAUAUAUAGGUCUGUGUGCUUAUUUUUGAGAUAUUUGACCAUGAUUAAAGUAAACCGGACAUUUCACGCUAAUUUUAGGACGUUAUUUUGAAUUAUUUAACAUGUGAUAUGUUUUAAUAUCAUAUUUUGACUUUACAAUAUAGCAACAGUACCAUUGUAAUAAAUUUACUCACAGGUUGCAAUUAAUUCAUAAAAUGAUUUUCUGUUCCGUACGCCGAAUCCAGUCUUUAUUCUACGUUUUCCGGAAAAAUGGCGUCACGCCAUCACUUCCGGUUUAUCAAACGUGCAGAACUACCUUAAUGAGUAAAUUAUUCCAUCAUAAUAUUUAGUUACUGGAUUAUAUUGCAUAGAAUUUGUUUUGUCUUUUUCAUUAAAUUCUGUUAUUGGUGUUUGUGAAAAUAUGAUAAACUUUUUCUGUAACUGUUCUGUUUUAGAUAUGUUUUUUGUUGUCAAAAUUGAAGAUAUACGGAAGAAAUGUAACUCUGUUAAUAAUGUUCCUGCAUGGUUAGAGUUACUUACCUUGUGCAAGUCUCUAGAUACUGUAUAUGGUAAUACAUAGUUGGGAUGAACCUAUGUAAUGUUUUAAACUGACUUGAUAACUAGUUUAGUUCUUAAUUGGUAUGAAAUAUGCUAUACAGAUACCAGUUGAAAAGUCAGUGUUGACAAAGUAUGGCACUGCACAAUUCAGUGAACAAAGUUGAUGUUAGCUUUUACUGGAGAGGGGAAGAGAGGAGUUUGUUUGUUUGGUUACUUUGUAGAUACAGAACCUUUUACGUACUUAUUUUUAAAAACUAUUAGGAAUUAUUUAUGCUAAAGUUGUGUUAAGUUUCAUAGUGAUACAAUUUUACUAAUAUUUUGUAAUAAGCCAAACACAGAUGGUAGACAGUAAUUAAUCAUGAAAAUUUAAGACUUUCUCAUGGCAGAUGCUGUAACUAUAUUAUCAGACUUGUUAAAAAUAAGGACUAAGCUGUUUAAAUGUGAGGAUAUUCUGACCAUAAGUUUCGUUUUUCGUUGAAGCAGAAUUCCUGUUGCUUGAACUACGGAUAGAAUUAGGAAAUGAUGAAAUGAAGCAUUUAGAAUGACAUGUAACUACAUUGUCAGAGUUCUAGCUGCUAUUGUUGUUUAACAUUUCAAUAUUUUGUGCUUUUGCGAGUUAUAGUAGAUAUUACACAUAUAUAUAUGUAUUAAAGGAAAAAUUUGGUAUUAUUAUGUUGAAGUUAUCGAUACUGGCUUUUAACUCAUUAAUUAAAACUGAUAUUCAGAAAUAUAUAUUUACAGCCUAUGUUAAAAUGUGUUUCCAUAAACUUAAGUUAAAGUAUGUACAGUACAAUUUCAUAUAUAGGAUAUAAGUCUUGUAGGAUAUAUAUUGCUAGGUGAAAUAUUGUAUAUACCAUACUACAAGCAUAUUACUGUAUUGUUUCUGUAUCUGUCUCUCUGCUCAAACCAGGACACCUUCAGGUCCAAAUCUUCAAGUCUGUGAUGUUUGAAUAUAUUUGGAUACAGCUAGUAUGUAUGCUUCAGAGUGAUAUUUGGUGAUAAUUAUUCUGUUGUAUCGUAUAAUGUAAUAGGUGGAUCAGAGUGUUUAUUUAUUGCUUACUUUAAAAAGUUAGUACUUUUAAUAAUGUUAACUAGA